AUGAUUGAGACAAUUCGCGACUCGGCUUUCGGCAAGCUACUCCGCCUCUUGAGCGGUGGAAGCCUCUUACAGUACCCGGAAGAAAUGGAUGAUUCUGCUUGGUAUACAUACCUCCAAACCUCGGAGACUGGACAACCCGAAGAAUCUACAGAGAGUAAUGAUGAGGGACUCCUCCAGACGUAUGGAUUAUACGCGGUCAUGUCGCAAGCUUCGUCCCGGAGCCGCCGUGGGCCGCGAGGUAAAAUACCGGAGAUAAUCAGUUGGGGAGGGCCGAAUGAUAGUGAGAAUCCUCAAAAUUGGAGUACUGACAAAAAGAUCUUUGUCAGUUUACUCAUCUGGCUUCUCACAUUCUCUAUCUAUAUUGGCUCUGCUAUCUACACGCCAGGGAUUCCAGGUGUGUCGGAGCAAUUUCAUGUGAGUAGAGAAGUUGCUGUACUUGGACUGACAUUAUUCGUGCUCGGAUACGGGCUGGGACCCAUGAUUUGGGCACCCCUCUCAGAACUUCCUGCCGUGGGCCGAAGCCCUGUGUAUGUUGUCACACUGGUGAUCUUCGUUUUCUUUCAAUUCGCAGUGAUCUACGCGAAGAACAUCGGCAUGCUCUUAGCAUUUCGAUUCUUGACCGGCUUCCUUGGCUCACCUGUCCUUGCGACCGGAGGCGCAUCUAUGGGGGAUAUCUGGGACCCUCGAGUCCGCGACUAUAUGAUUGCAAUUUGGGGAUGCUUUGCCAUUUCCGCUCCCGUGCUAGGCCCUCUGGUGGGGGGGUUUGCAUUUUCCGCCGAAGGUUGGACAUGGACUAUCUGGGAGUUGCUUUGGAUAUCUGGCCUUGCGCUUUUCGUUCUCUUCUUCUUCUUGCCCGAGACAUUUGCCCCAAGCAUCAUCAGUCGCCGUGCACGGCGGGUUCGCCGGAUCACGGGUGAUCAGAAGUAUGCGUCUAGGGCGGAGAUUGAGAUUGCUGGUGUGUCUUCCAAGGACGUUCUCAUCGAAGCACUCAUCCGUCCAAUUGAACUCUGCUUUCUCGAACCGUCGUCUUUCUGA